AAAUUGGAAAUGAGAGUAAUUGCUGAAGAACACAAUAUAUUCAAUGCUACCCUAAAUAUUGAAGAACGGAGUUUCUACUUUCGCCGGUCGGAGAACGACGACAUUUUUGCCGGCGACAUUUGUUCCGGCAUCUACUCCAAAUUCUCAUUCACAGGAUAGAAGAUUUCAAAACAAAUGUCGAUAAAAAGUAGGAAAUUUGCUGGAAAGGGGGAAUCAGUGGCAUCACAUUAUGCAUUUGGCCCACUUGAAGAUGAUAUAAUCAUUAAGCAUAGACUUCUGACUCGGACAACCACCACCAGAGGUGAACCACCACUGAAGAAACUUCAGAAGAAGUUCACUACUUUUGCUUUGGAGAUAGAGAAGGAAGCUGAUAACUACAGUGAUUGUGAAAGACUAGCCAAAGCAUUCUUGCAAGAGCUAAAUACUUUUGAGAUUCCGCUCCUAAAGAGCAAAGCAGUCAUAGAUGCGAAUGUUAGAGAAAAAGAGAAUUUUGAUGACCUGAAGGGUGAAAUCAACAAGCAAAUUGUACAGGCUCAGGCUGACAUAGAAGAUCUCAAGAGUCAACUCGAAGAAAGCAAGGUUGAAAGGAAGCACAAAGAAGAGGGUGAGGCUAUCAGGAAGUUAAUUUCUAUGCAGCCUCCAAGAUCAGAAACUCAGAAGGUUAUAACAGAGCUUGAGAAAGAGAUAGCUAUGUUGGAAGCAGAGAAUACUGCUAGUUCGAGGACAUUGGACAUUCGUAAAAAGCAGUUUGCCCUUUUAUUGCAUGUGGUUGAUGAGUUGCAGAACACAAUAGAGGAAGAGCAAAGGAGUUUGGUCGAAGAGAUGAAGAAUGUUGUCGAUGAUCAUAACAAGAGCGGAGUGGAGGAUGCUACCAUGGGUCCUGAAGCAAUGGCUGUUGAUUAGCAAGUGACUCCUUAUUGCAGAAAUCUGUUUAACUGUACCAAUAGACAAGUCUGCUAUUUAAAAGUGAGACAAAGAUUGGGGGUCUUGCUGUAUAUAUGAUGUUUCUGCAAGCUGUAAGAAAGCUUUGAAUGCGUGAUGACUCGGGGAAACAUUAUGUAUAGUCCCAUUAAUUUUUAAGUCAUAUUAUCGUAUUUACGAGCGAACUUUUAGGAACUGGUCAACUUUCUUGAUUUUUCGUGUGUAUUAGUCCAUGAAUCUGGCGCUUUGGAACACCCAAUUUUUUUUUUAGAAUAAAUUUUACUUGGACUUCCAUA